AUGUAUGAAAAGCACUUCAUUCCUCUAGAGUCUGACCUGCAGGUUUCCAACGAGCUCCUACGGGAUUUAGGGGUGCGGACGAGUCUACGGUUUGAAGAUGUUAUGACUCUAGAUAAUCCGCUACUACUACCAACCUCAGCCUUGGCGCUAAUUUUAAUCUUUCCUACAUCAGAAACAUACGAAUGUCGAAAAUCCAGGGAGGAAGCAUCCUCCAAAGAGGACGAUAUCUCGGACACUGGCUUGAUAUGGUUUCGACAAAGCAUCAAUAACGCUUGUGGUCUCUACGCCAUUCUUCACGCAAUGUAUAAUAGCGGAGCGAAGCAUCUAAUGUUACCUGAAUCAUUGUUGGCCAAUCUACUAGGUAACCCCUUACAGCUGACCCAACAACAGCGCUGCAAGGCCCUAGAACAGUCUAAGGAGCUUGAAGAUGUCUACACUAAGGCAGCUUUACAAGGUUCAUCGACACCCCCAAUCAAUCCUCAAGAAGAGGUCGACUAUCACUUCAUAACAUUCGUCAAGGACUCAGACGGCCAUGUAUUUGAGCUGGACGGAGAUAGGAAAUGCCCGUUGAACAAGAAUAUUGUGACAAGUCCUAACGAGGACAUGCUUUCUGAACAAGUCCGUACGAUGAUUCGAAACUUCAUUGAUCAAGAAGAGGGCAGGAGUGAUGGAUUUUCACUCAUGGCCCUUGUAGAACAACCUGAAGGAGGUUAG